UGAAUUGUGUUAUCUCCACCUUACCGAAACUCAAGGACAGCGGCAGGAAGUCAUUAACGCACAGGCACAGCACCCCGCCAAUAUCUACAUCUGCCAGGCAAAUGGCUGGUGAUCUGGCCCACGAUCUCUUGUGUGUGCCUCUUAUUUCUCCUCGUGAUUCAAAUGCCUGAGACGAACUCGAAGCCAGUACCCAGGAAAAGCGCUUUUUCCUGCGAAGCAUGUCGGAAACGCAAGGUGAAAUGUAACGGCGCCAGUCCAUCAUGCUCCCGAUGUGCUGCUCGCGGGGAGACCUGCGUCUAUAGCCUAACACCUACACUAUCGUACACAAAAUCCCUCGAAGCUCGGAUUGCUGAAUUAGAGGCGGAGCUAGACCUUGUACGAAGCGAAAACAAAGAUCAAAAGAGUUCCGACCAGAAGCCCAAGGUCGAGGAGGUCGAGACGAAAGUGCCUCUAGAAAGAUUCGCCAGGCAUUCAAACGGGUCACAAGAUGGGGGAGACACACUGGACUUGGCCCGGGAUAUCGAAGGGUUGAAAAUGGAGGACGAUGGGCGCAUCUCUUUCCACGGACCCACCAGCUUAUUUCAGUUGCCCAGCGGGAUUCCUCAGGAAGAUCUAAAUCCCGUUAAAUCAACGCAGGAGCUAGACGGCCGGAAAGAGAGGCUCAUAAACAACGCGUGGAGAGAGCGAGCGUUUGAACAGCUUGCAACUAUCCCUAGCGAGCCGAAAAUCAGUCGACUCCUGGAUCCAUAUGACGGCGGUACUCAGUUCUUCAAUAGAGCAGUAGAUGGAUUAUACGAGAGCCUUAAGCAAGGGAACGGACAAAUACCAAUCGUGCAGUCCUUACUUUUACUGAGUGCACAGGAAUGUGGCCGUGGAAACAGGACUCAAGCGUGGCUCUAUAGCGGGAUGGCGUUCCGUUUAGUGGAAGACCUGGGUAUCACAAUUGAUAGCCGGAAAUAUUCAGGCUCCGUGCAAUUCUCGGAUGAAGAUGUUGAGAUCCGGAAUCGGCUUUUUUGGAGCUGUUAUUUCUGGGAUAAACUGGUUUCGUUGUAUUUUGGCCGAUCUCCUAUUAUUCAAGAUACGCCAGUCAGCCCGCCCCAGAUUCUUCUGGACGACACUGCCGAAAUAGAAAUAUGGACACCGCACGGGGUCGUAUUUCCAGAGGGUACACAUUACCCGCCAACACAGGCUCAUUCGACAUCCUGCUUUAUGAGAAUGUGCUCGCUUUCCGAAAUUUUGAACCAGAUUAUAAUACACAUAUACGACCCAGUCCGGCAAAGCACAGAAACCCAGAUCCUCAACUGUGUGCAUGAACAAGGCGAGAACCUCGAAAAAUGGUGGACCGAGUUACCUAGUUUCCUGAAGCUCAUCGUUAACGAUCUACCCGCAUACUGUCCCCCGAGCCAUAUUGUCACAUUAAAUUGCAUAUAUCACAUCACCAACAUCCUCCUCCAUCGACCCAUGCUCUGUUCGAAGCCUUUCAGAAGCUUGGAAAAUGCUGCAGACAAUGCAAAGCACCUGGUCCAAUGUCUCUCUUCCGCGACUUCCAUUAUCUCUCUCUACGACCUUUACAGACGAACUUUCGGAGAUUCUCAUGUUGUUCUCUCCCUCGCAUACAGCCUGUACACAGCAUCCUCGAUAUUUUUGCUCGAGAUACAGGCGCUGAAGUAUGCCUCUGCUUCGACACUAGAGAAGCUUAGAUACUGUAUUGUCGCACUGGAACGUGUUAGAUCCGCAAACCCAGUUAUAAAUACUGCGCUUGGCCUGGUUGAAAAAGAGUUACAAAAACUACACAUUAACAUUCUUGCGCCGAUACAUCCCGAUCCCCAGCCCACGUCAUCUCGUCUACCUCCCCAGUCAUCCCAGGAUACUUCCCGUUCAGACCAUCAACAACCACAGCAUCAACAGCCCACCCUUCAGUCUCCAUCUAACUAUACACUUCCUCCCCACGGGGCAUUCAGCAUCACGCCACCACCUUUCACAGAACAAAACUCGGACACCUCUUUUACAAUGGAUCCUUCUCUACUAAACCCGUCGGAAUUAUCUCAAGAGCAUAUGUACGAUAUAGCGCCAGAACUUUUCGAAGCUUUCUCGUACGUGGAACCUAUGCCAACGAAUGUUGGCCAAGGUGGAUUCGAUACCGGGUGGCCGUCUUCCGGAAGCUAAUCCGAACAAAGGGGCAAUGAAAUCAAGGCUGUAUAUAUCACACAUGUACCU